CCUUCGACUGGCAAAGUCUGUUUCUGGUUGCUUUUCUCCCUGUAGAACUGAGCCUGGAGUUGUUUUCCUCUGUGAAACUGGAGAAUGUAGUAAUGAAAAGACCUGAAGAUAGGAUGCUUUGGAGCCAAACAAAACUGAGCAUUGAAGAGAGAGAAGUAAGGAGCAGGACAGUAAGCUUCCCUGAAAAUGGAAAGCAUAACAGCAUCACAACUGCAGUGACUUGACUGGCUCCAAAGGCAUUCAGAGAGAAAAGGAAAGACAGAUAGAGAGAGAGAAGUCUUCCAUCUGCUAGUUCACUCCCCAGAUGGCCACAACGGCUGGAGCUGCACCAAUCCGAAGCCAGGAGCCAGGAGCUUUUUUUGGGUCUCCCACACAGAAGCCAACCCCCCUUCACAGCUUAAUAUAAAAUGCACAGCCCAUGGACGGAGUAACUGCAGAAACUGCCCAUCCACUCCCUCAGGGGACUGAGCUGGAGAUCAGACUCUUCCAGGAAAGCGAGAUCACCAUGGCUCUGGACAAGCCCCUCAUCCUACUUGUCCUGGGGCUGCUAAUGCUGGGAUUGGCACAGUCUGGUUUGGACAAUGAAUCCCCAGCCAUGAAGUUCCAGCGGCAGCACGUAGAUCCAAAACUUCCCCUCAGCAGCACCUACUGCAACAAAAAGAUGGAGCAACAGGACAUAACACAGGGCUGCAAGCCACUGAACACCUUUGUGCACGAACCCCUGCAAAAGAUCCAGGCAGUCUGUUUCCAGGAGAAGGUCACCUGCAAGGACGGGAAGACCAACUGCUACCAGAGCACCUCCAAAAUGCGCACCACAGACUGCUCCCUGUUAGGUACAUCCAAGUACCCUGACUGCAAGUACCAGACCAUUCAGAAAGAAAGAUACAUCAUUUUAGCUUGUGAGGGGAACCCAUCUGUGCCAGUCCACUUUGACGCUUCUGUGGAGUAAGGCCAGAGCAGAAUGAAGCACUUCCCCCCAUCUCCAAGACCAUCAUUUUGACACUGCCACUCCCUUCUUCCUUCCUUACCAUAAGGGGAACAGCUCCAGUUAGGUCUCUUCUCCAACACACACACUUUUUGAGACUUGCUUCUCCAUGGUUUGGGUGGGGGUGUCAGGAGUGUGUUGUGGGGGGAGUCCUGUGUUAACCUGAUCACUGUUUCUUUCAAUAAAACUUAGU